CUUAACAACACAAGCACCAAACUACAAAAUCAACACAAAAAGGUAGGCACCCAGUUUUAAUGAUUGAUGUUCUCUCCUUGCGCCCCGGACUCAAAUUAAAUCUGCCUUGCCUUGCCCCAACUCCCAUGCUUCAGCUUCAGGCAUCAGCAACCUCCGCACCACCUCCCUCUCCUCCUCCUCAAUUGGAAUAGUAGCAAGCAACAACACAGCAGAGCAGAGUGGAGUGGAGUAGGGAGCUGGGCAAGGGAGCCCCAACCACCGCACCCGCCGCCGCCAUGCGUUUCUUGGCGCUCCUCGUCGUGGCCCUCCUCUGCCUCGGCAGCGGCCGCGUGGCGGCGUCGACGGACUUCAACUACCCGGCGGUGUUCAACUUCGGGGACUCCAACUCCGACACCGGCGGCCGCGUGGCCGCCGGGUUCGAGUCCAUCCUCCCGCCUUACGGCUCCACCUUCUUCGGCUCCCCCUCCGGUCGCUUCUGCGACGGCCGCCUCAUCGUCGACUUCCUCAUGGAGGCAAUGAAUAUGCCGCUCCUCAAUGCAUAUUUGGAUUCUGUUGGUGAACCUAGCUUUCGGACCGGUGUCAAUUUUGCUCAAGCUGGAUGUUCAAUCACACCAGCAAAUCCAACAUCAGUCAGCCCGUUUUCAUUUGGUCUUCAAAUUAAGCAAUUCUUUGCCUUCAAGGACAAAGUUACUAAGCUCCUGUCUAAAGGAGAUAUGUACAGGCAGUAUAUCCCUCAGGCAGAUUACUUUUCGCAGGGACUCUACAUGUUUGAUAUUGGGCAAAAUGAUAUUGCUGGUGAAUUCUACUCAAAAACAGAGGACCAAGUCACUGCAUCCAUUCCAACUAUUUUGUUGGAAUUCGAAACUGGGUUCAAGAAAUUAUAUGAGCAAGGUGCUAGGAAAUUCUGGAUUCACAACACAGGUCCUCUCGGCUGCUUACCUCAAAACGUAGCCUUUUUUGGCAAAGACCCAUCCCAACUGGAUGGUCUUCACUGUGUAGCAAAGCACAACCGUGUUGCAAAGCUUUUUAACUUACAGCUGCAUGCACUUUGCACAAAGUUGAGAGGUGAAUUCCAUGGAGCCAGCAUCACUUAUGUUGACAUCUACACCAUCAAAUAUAGCCUGAUCGCCAAUUACUCUCGAUAUGGGUUCGAGAAUCCCAUCCAAGCAUGCUGUGGAUAUGGAGGCCCUCCCCUGAACUACGAUAGCAGGGUACCGUGUGGACAGACAAAAUCUUUGAAUGGUAAUCCGGUUACUGCAAAAGGGUGUAGUGACAGUACUGAAUACGUCAAUUGGGAUGGAAUACAUUACACAGAAGCUGCAAAUUUCCAUAUUGCAUCACAGAUCCUGACCGGGAGAUACUCUGAUCCUCCGUUUGCUGACAAGAUGCCAUUCAUCAUAAAACCAAGAUUCUAAUUAGCAUACACUUAUUUUUCUCUUCAAUCAACCUCUGUAAUUUUGCAUUGGUUGCACAUACGAUGUGUUUAUUACUUGUCAAUAAUCAUAUAUAGCUUGUUUUCAGUUUCCAA